UACCGUGCGUUGAAACGUUGGAACCAAUGGUACUAUUUUCGGUCAUAAUAACUUCUACACCCCUGUCGCCUAAUCUGAAUUUCGUGCACCUUGAAGACAAUGCCACCUGAUGUAAAUCUUUUUCGCGUAACUCCUUCAACAUUAAAUCCAGUUUCCGGGUUUUUACGGUAGCCACAUCCCGUCUGGCAGAGUACUCCCCAUUGCUAAAUAACGGAUCUGUCAGUUCUCUCGCUGGAGCAACGCACGAAAACCAUCUCUUGAAUAACCUGUUGUCCGCUACGUUAUCAAUAUAUUUUCGAAAAUUGUGCACUGUUUAAAACAAAGAUUAUUCAAUUUCAAAUUAUUCUGUAAAGUGCCUUAAUAGUUUAUCAAGAAAAUAUUUUAAACAUAGCUGCAUCACAAAAGAUAAAAGCAACAAACAAUCCGAUCAUGUCUUGCGAAGAGGCAGCGGCACAACAGCAGCCAGAACAAGCCGAAGAGAAGACUGAUGACCCACCUAUUGAGGAACCACUAUCGGAGUUAGCCAAAGGCGGCGAGAUAUCGCCCGCGGAGGAGCCAGCAGAAGCGGUGGUGGCGAACCCCGAAAAAGCGCCCGUUGCGUCUGAGGAAGACGUGUUCACCUACCGUGCUUUGGUGCUAACGGGCUAUGGUGGAUAUGAGAAAGUAAAGCUCCAGAUGAAAAAGGGAAAGCCGAGCAUUAAGAGCGGAGAGGUGCUUGUGCGGGUUAAGGCGUGUGGUCUGAACUUUGCUGAGUUAUUGGGGAGGCAGGGUUUGUAUGAGCUUCUGCCGUCGCCGCCCGUCACGCUCGGGAUGGAAUGCUCCGGCGUGAUUGAAGCUUUGGGGGAAGAUGUGACUAGUAGAAAAGUGGGCGACCGUGUGUUGGUGCUGAGUCGUCACGGUCUCUGGCAGGAAGUGGUGGCUGUGCCUGCUAGCCAGACAUUUAUCAUGCCUGAGUCAAUGAGCUUCGAGGAGGCGGCAGCACUGCCCAUCAACUACCUGACAGCCUACAUGAUGCUGUUUGAAAUGGCCAACGUCAGAGCCGGACAGAGCAUCCUCAUCCACAUGGCAGCAGGUGGCGUGGGCAUCGCUGCCACCCAGCUCUGCCAGACACUGGAAGGCGUGACGGUCUUUGGCACGGCAUCGGCCAGCAAGCACGAGACCAUCAGCCAGGGAGGGGUCACCCACCCCGUCGACUACCGCACACGGGAUUACGCCGAGGAGAUCCGUAAAAUCAGCCCCAAGGGUCUGGAUGUUGUCCUGGACCCUCUGGGAGGCUCAGACACUCAUAAGGCCUUUAGUUUGCUGAAGCCCAUGGGAACCCUCAUAGUGUUUGGUGCGGCCAACUGCGUGACAGGCCAGAAGAAGAACCUGUUGGCCAUGGCUAAGACCUGGUACAACCAGUUCACCAUCAACACUCUGCGGCUGAUGCACGCCAACAAGGCUGUGUGUGGCUUCCACCUGGGUUACCUGGGUGAUGACGAGCUCAUCUUCAAGACCAUGAACACCCUGCUGGAGCUGUACAUCCAGGGAAAGAUCAAGCCCCGCAUCGACUCCACCUACCACUUUGAACAGGUGGGUGACGCCAUGCGCCGCAUGCACGAGCGCAACAACAUCGGCAAGGUGAUCCUGCUCCCUGAGCCAAAGGCGGAGAAAGAAGUGGAGAAUUCGGAGGAAAAGGCUAAGUCCAGCCCUGAGCAAGGAGAGAUGGAUGACAAGAAGGAGGAGGAAGUGAAAAAAGAGGAGAGCAGCCAAGAAGGGGUCAAGAGUGAGGAGAAUUGAGAAAAAGGAGAGAGCGCGUGCAUGUGAUUAGUACACCCGAGCACUUGUUCAGCCUCCUCCUCUACUCCUCAGUCAAUGUCUCCAAAAUCGCCUGUUGUGUGUUUAUAUUUGUUUAUGUGUAUGAUGAAUUUGCCCCUUAGUACUGAUCUGAGAUCAGUUUUUACCUGAUUUUGGUUCAUGGUAAAUUCUAUGAAAUGCAAAAAUGAGCCGCAGCAUUGUGCCGACAUUCAUGCAACAAAGGGCGCAAAGAGAGACGCUACUCCCUCUGCAGUUGUCAUUGAACAGCUCCAGUGUUGCAGCCGAGUGAAGCGUUAAACGUGCAAACGUCUGUGCGUUCUGGGCAAGCAAGCCGCCUCGCGCCACGCUCGUUUCCAACAUUGCUGGUUUACCCUUUCAGUUUAAUAAGGCUGAUCACAGACCUGUGCUUAGGGGCAAACGUUAAUUGGUGGCCUUGUUCUGAUUGACACCAUGGUGACUUAAUCCUCCUGUUUGUAAGAAAGUUCAUGUGUUUACAGUAAUGUUUCAAGCCCUUAAGUUUCAAUGGGAAAGAAGUGACCCGUUAGCAACAUGAGUCACUGGUGUGGACCCACUUUAAUUUGCCUCCCCACGAGUUGACAGCAUGCUCUUCUUGAUUCAGCUGGCAGGUACAGUGUUGUUGUUAUGAAUUGAGGGUCCAGCUUUUCAGAAAAAAAGUUAGUAUUUAGCAUUAGAAAAUAAAAGUGUGAAAGUGUGUGCGUGCGCGUGUGUGUGAUGUUUAAAUAGUGUUUUGCCAAAGUU